AUGGUCAACAAACAGCUUGUGUACAACUGGUAUAUCGGUCUAGUUGCAGCAGGAUGUAUGGUACUGAUGGGUUACGAUGCAUCUGUCUUCAACUCGGUUCAAGUGUCCCCGAAUUGGGUUGACCACUUCGACCAUCCUAACAACAAUAUGAUUGGACUUAUCAACACUACUUACAGUGUCGGUGGGAUUAUUGCUGGUUGGUUUUUCGCGGGCCCAAUUGCUGACCAUCUUGGACGACAUUGGGGAAUGGCUAUCGGAUGUCUCAUGACCAUUGUUGUCACGUUCAUUCAAACAUUUGCGUCCCGAAGCGCUCUCUCGGCAUUCAUCGUUGGUCGCGUGGUUAUCGGCGCUGGCCAAGGAAUUGCUAUCACGUCUGGUCCCAUUUACAUCGGUGAAGUCACGCCGUCCGAAAUUCGUGGCAAAAUCAUGGCCUUCUGGCAACUGUUCUACUCCGUGGGGUCCUUCGUUGCCUAUUGGAUCAACUACACUUGUGCAAGGAACCGGAAGGCCUUCGGUGAUUGGGAUUGGAAGAUAGUCGUAAUCUUCCAGCUGAUCCUUCCGGUCAUCAUUACGCUCCAACUUCCCUUUAUGCCAGAGUCACCUCGUUGGCACAUCAGUCGGCACAACAACGUGGAUGCUGCCCGGGCCGCUCUGAACAGAGUGCGCGCGUCACAUGAAGAGAUCGAGGAGGAGAUCCGCUGUAUCCGGGAGGCCAUUGCUUACGAGCAGGAGGCAGCACCAACCAGGUGGAAAUCUUAUCUCGCACUCAUCCAAGAUGCCAGUAUUCGGAAGCGUCUUAUCCUAGUCUUCAUCAUCAACAUCGGUCAACAACUCAGUGGACAGGGUACCCUUAACAGCUACUCAUCGACAAUCUACAAGAAGGUCUUCCACAGCAUUGACACCAUCAAUCUAAUCAACGCUUUGAAUGCUACCUUUGGUAUUCUAUUUACUCUCAACGCCGUUUGGACAGUGGAUCGGUUCGGAAGGAAGUUUCUUUUUGUCGUCGGAGCCUUAGGCAUGGCUCUGUGUACUAUGAUGAUCGCGGUUGUUGGACUCGCGACUCCAACCGUGGAUGGGGGUAAAACCCACGCUGUCGGCAUCGCGAUCGCCUUCUUGGCCUUCCUCUUCAUAUUCUUCUAUAAACCAUCCUGGGGAGCUACCGUCUGGAUCUACACGUCAGAGGUCUUUCCUAUGCAUGUACGCGCUCAGGCAGUCGGCAUGUGCGUCCAAAUGCAGGGAGUCGCGAACACCAUCUUUCAGCAGUUUUUCCCAACCUUCUACGCCAAUUGUGGAUUGAAAACGUUCUUCUUCUUCAUGUCGAGUAACAUCUGCCUAGCUGCCUUUGUCUGGCUCUGCCUUCCUGAAACAAAGAAGGUGGCCCUCGAGCAAAUGGAUGAGCUUUUCGGUGGCGUGAAUCAUGUUGCCAAGGGUGCUGAGCUUGUCGAAGACGAAAUGACACGUUUGGAGGUCGGUACGGACAAGGAGGUUUGUGAUCAUGACACCAAGCGUAAGCAGUAA